CUUUUUUUUAUAAGAAUAUUAAGAUAUUUUUAUAUUUUAUUUAAAUAUGUUAUCAUUUUCAGAGGAGAAAUCUAAUGCCAUGAUUGAACAUCAAUUCAAUCCUUAUGAAGAGAAUGGAGGUCUUUGCGUUGCUAUAUCAGGGGAGGAUUAUGUUAUUCUUGCAGGAGAUACUCGUCAAGUAAGGGGAUAUGGCAUCCAUUCAAGAUAUCAGCCUAGGGUCUUUAAUAUUGGAGAUAAUUUAGUAGUUAGUGCAUGUGGAUUUUCAGGAGAUUGUGUUGAAGUGAUACGUAUUUUGAGAAGACAACUUAUUGUCUAUCAUUCUAAGCAUAAAAAGAAACUUUCAGUUAGAUCGGCGGCGCGACUUAUACAGAUGAUUUUAUAUAAUAGACGUUUUUUUCCAUAUUAUAUUUAUAUGUUAAUUGUUGGUAUUGAUGAGAAUGGUAAAGGAGCGAUAUUUACAUUUGAUCCAAUAGGAUCAUAUGAAAGAGUUUCAUAUCAAGCAGUUGGUGGAUCAGCAUCUUUAGCAUUACCGAUAAUGGAUAAUCAGGUGGGUUUAAAGAAUCAACAUGGAAUAGUCGAUGGACAAUAUCGUUUGCGAACACCAGUUUCUUUAUCUUGCGAUGAUGCAAUAAAAAUUAUUAAAGACACAUAUAACAGUGUUGUAGAACGUCACAUUGAAGUUGGCGAUGCAUUUCAAGCAUUUAUUGUGACAUCUUCUGGCGUACAUGUUGAAAAUUUUCCAUUAAAACGGGAUUAGUUAUAUAAUUUACAUAAUUUUGCUUUGUAGAAUUGAUUUUUUUUAA